CUUCCUGCUUCAGUCAUCCUCCGUCCGCCCAGAGGAGACACAGAUUCCGGUGAGAAUGGAGAGAAAAAGGUGGUACCCAGACUACCAGUGAGAGCCUACUACAAUGGCAGCCAUGGCCUCCACCCCCAAACAGAGAAGACACUCGGGUUACCAGUCGGACUCGUGGAAAACUGAGGACAUAGCAGAGGAGAGGCCCCUCCCAACACACACUUGGGAGGAGGGCACCAAAGAGAGGCGGAGUUCCCCAACUGGACCAACAAAAGAGAGGUAGCUGCAGUGGUGGAGGACCCCCACUGUUUGCUCAUACAGGCAGGAACACACAGCGGAGAGAGAAGAAAGGAAAAGACCGGCGUCAUCAGAAAGGGCAAGAGUUGUGGCGUGCGAGAUGAUGUCUGACGCCAGCGAGAUGUUGGCAGCGGCCUUGGAGCAAAUGGAUGGGAUCAUAGCAGGCUCCAAGGCCAUCGACUACUCCAACGGACUGUUCGACUGCCAGUCGCCCACGUCGCCGUUCCUGGGCGGUCUUCGGGUUCUGCAUUUACUGGAGGACCUGCGAGCGGCGCUGGAGCUGAUGGACAACGAGGAGAAGGACAACCUGCGCUGCCAGAUCUCUGACUCGACUGCAGAGGGGCUGGCAGAGUGGCUGCAGGGCCGGACGGUGAAGGAGUCGAUCAUGGCCGUAAAGUCGAACGUCCACAGCUCAGAUGCCGUUUACCAGGAGCGCCUGUCACGCCUGGAGAGCGACAAAGAGUGUCUCAUUCUUCAGGUUAGCGUUCUAACGGAUCAGGUGGAGGUUCAGGGGGAGAAGAUCCGGGAUUUGGACAACAGCCUGGAUCAACACCGGGAGAAGCUGGAUGCUGCCGAGCAGCUUCUCCAACAGGAGCUGCUGAACCGAACCACCCUGGAGACCCAGAAGCUGGAGCUCAUGACGGAGGUCUCCAGCCUGAAGCUGAAGCUGACCUCUUUGGAGAGGGACCACAGAGGCAGUGAGGGUUUGUACCAGGAAGUGACGGACCUGCGCUUCAGGCUGACGGACGUGGAGAAUGAAAGACUGCAGAGUGAGAGGAAGCUCAAAAACACCAGCGAGGAGCUGCAGCUUCUGCAGAAGCGGCUGGAGGAGCAAGAGGAGGAGCUGAGGAGACUGGAGGGGGAGGCGGGCGUGACCAGCGAGGGGGGAGAAAGAGAUGCUGAGAUGUUGAGGGUGAGGAGGGCGCUGCAGGCGCUGACGUCGGACAACGACGAGAAGGAAAGACGGAUCCAGGAGCUGGAGGAGUCGCUCGCCAAAUGCAAGAACGCACAGGAACCGCUCAAUGAGAAGCAGAGGGACCACGACUACGAGGACAUCCAGGACGACUCCUCCGUUUCUGUGUCCAUGGAGGUGAAUCAGGUCAGCGUGGAGCAGGAGGAGGCAGGAAGGAUCUCCGCUGAGUCCACGCCGUGCAUCGCUGUGCUGUCGGAGAUGAAGGAGCUGGACAGAGAACGGCGGAUGAAAGCAGCUCAAAGCUCAGCGGAUGGAAAGAAGGCGCUCAGCGAGGAGACUGGAGCUAAAGCAGGACCUGGAUCUCCUCCGUCUGCCAAAGCGCACACCGCCGACAGCUUCGGCAGCAGGAGGGCGCGCGCCUCGUUCGGCCGCGGCUUCUUCAAGCUGCGAGGGGGAAAGCAGGCGGCCAGCGACCCCAACCUCGCGGGGCAUAAAGGCACGGAGCACCUGGACCUGGCUGGAGUUCCUCCUCAGGGGUCCCGCGAUGCCCCCCCGCCGUCACCUCCAGAAAACAAGAAGAAGUCCAGAGGCUUCCGGAGGUUUUUCGGCAGGUUAAGGAGGAGUCACUCCACCUCCUUCAACUCUGACGAAGGAGACGGAGGCUUGUUCCGGAGGGGCGGAGUCAGAGCCACCGCCGGCCCCCGACUGGGCUGGUCACGUGAACCGAAACACAACUCUGCAGAGGCUCCUUUCUCCCGCUGGAGUAAGGAGGAGGUCUGCGCGUGGCUCCAGGAGCAGGGCCUGGGCCUGUAUGUGGCUCAGGGCCAGAACUGGAUCAAAUCCGGACAAACGCUGCUGCAGGCGUCGCAGCACGAGCUGGAGAAGGAUCUCGGCGUGAAGCAGCCUCUCCACAGGAAGAAGCUGCAGCUCGCCCUGCAGGCGCUCGUGUCCGGCGAGGAGGACCUGAAGGGCAAACUGGACCACAACUGGGUGACCAGGUGGCUGGAUGACAUCGGGCUCCCGCAGUACAAGAGCGGCUUCGAGGAGGCGCGAGUGGACGGCCGCAUGCUCCACUUCAUGACAGUGGAGGACCUGCUGUCCCUGAAAGUGGGGAGUGUCCUUCAUCACCUGAGCAUCAAGAGAGCCAUCCAGGUCCUCCGUCUGAACCUCUACGACCCCGGCUGUCUGAGGAGAAGACCUUCAGACGAGAGCAACGUCACUCCAGCUGAGAUCUCCCAGUGGACCAACCACAGAGUGAUGGAGUGGCUGCGCUCCGUGGACCUGGCAGAAUACGCCCCCAACCUGAGGGGGAGCGGCGUCCACGGGGGGCUGAUGGUGCUGGAGCCUCGCUUCAACGUGGAGGCGCUCGCCCUCCUGCUCAACAUCCCUCCGGGAAAAACGCUGCUGCGGCGCCACCUGGCCACGCACUUCCACCUGCUGGUCGGCGCCGAGGCGCAGCGGCUCAAACAGGAGUGUCUGGAGAACCCGGACUACCAGGUCCUGACGGCCACGGCCAAAGUGAAGCCGAGGCGGCUGUCCUUCGGAGGUUUUGGCACUUUGAGAAAGAAACGUCACGACGACGGCGAGGAGUACGUUUGCCCCAUGAACGUGGAGAUGCCGAAGAGCAGCAGCUUCCAGAGGAGCAUCCGGAUCUACGAGGACGAUCUACAGCAGCUGGAGCAGCAGAUGGAGGACUCUGAGGGAACGGUCCGGCAGAUCGGAGCGUUCUCUGAAGGAAUCAACAACCUGACGAUCAUGCUGAAGGACGAGGAGUUCCUGCAGGAGAUCCCAGUCUGUCCACCAGAGGGCGACAAACCCGGAGCACAGGACCCAGAGACAUGAGCAGAUAUUUUAUUCUGUGAUUUAAAGUGUGAAAUUUGUGGUACGGGAAAAUAAACCUUUUUAUUUUGGGAUGUUUAUACCAAAUACAUUGAUUUGAUGAUAUUAAAAUGUUCCUCAGACAA